AUGACACCGGGCCAACCCGCUCUCCACGGCAAACAAACAAGGAGGGUGGAGACAUCAAGGUUAAACAUACAGAUAUCAAGAACACCCUCGAACAAUAUACCUAAAAAACACGAGACAGACACAAACACUACUCACAAGAAACAGCUGCAAGAACACGUGCAGCCCAUAACUGAGGACACCAGGAGGCAAUACUCUCGGAGU